UCAGAAGUCAGGCAAUCUUUUCAAGCCUUAGCUCCACCUUCCUCCUUUCCUGUUUAAAACAGGAGUGGGAGAGGCCAGUAAUCUGCAGAGUUGAGAGACCUUUCGCCUAAAUAAGAAGCCACUUGGGCUGGACGCUGGCAGCAGCCAAGCUGGAUUGUCUGUUCAUCUUCAAGCCAUCAUGAGUGCUAAGGAGCCCAGGUCACAGAUGAACUCAGAUGAAAAGAAUAAUACAGGUCAAUGAAAACCAACAGAAUAAUUGCAGUACUUCUCAAAUGAAGAUGGACUCAAGAAAUAUUUCAGAGCGUAUACCUAGCACCCAGGCUGAAGGACCCAAAGACCAAACUGUGUCCCAGAACAAGGUAAUUUAUGUUCAUUUUGCUGUAAACGAUAGAACACACAAAAAUAGGCUAUACGAGGUCAGUUCUAAAGAUGGUGAGACCUUGUGUAUGGCACUCAAGAAACUCAAGGCUGUCACAGACGAGAUAAAAACUCAUUCAGGCCGAGAAAUGCUGGUAUGUGGCACAAAAGGGAUUGAAGGAUACUUAAACCUUAGCAUGCCCAUCAGGUGUUUUCCCAAAAGCUGCCAUGUGAAAAUUGACUUUGCUAAAAGUCAAAGUCAGCAGACAGAAGAGAAUCAGGAAGAAGAUCAAGAAGAGAAACAGGAAGAGAAGUGUGUUGUUGGCCAGCAUAACAACGCAUCUACUGACUGUGUCAAAUUUUAUAUUCAUGCAGUUGGGAAGACUAAAAGAAAGAUUGUCAAAUGUGGGAGGCUUCGCAAAGAAGGGACCCGCCUCUGUGUCUAUGCUUUUAAAGGAAAAAGCAUUAAGAGUGCUCUGUGUGAGGAUGGCAGAUUUCUUUCCAUCCUGAAGAAUGAUAAUUGGAAACUCAUUGAAGAACUGAACGUAGUUUUAGAAAGCUCACGAUUGGUUGAUGACUUAGAUGGCAAGUCCUUUCAGGUUGAGUUUGACAGACAAGUGGGCACUGGGGCAGAUGCCACUCGGAAUUCUGAGUCACAGAAAAUAAACCCCCGUGUGUUGAAAGAAACAAUUGCAGACCAGUACCCUAGUUUGAAAAAAGAACGUGAUAAAAUUAGAGAAAGCUUUAAGAAAUCUAUGGAAAGAGGAAAGGGGAAAAAAUUGCAUAAAACAGACUUUGGGAACCUGACGAAAAACUCUACUUUGGUUAGAGUACACAGACUUCUUUGUCAUCGCAGUGAGUCGGUUGGGUACCUCUCAUGGGACAACAGAGGAGAAAAGGGUUCAGCCACUUGCUUUGUCUUUAGAGAGUUGUACAUUUUCACUUGUCUGCAUGUAAUAAAUGAAAUUGUGAGAGAAGAAAUAGACAAAACUAAAUGGAAAGACAUAAUUAGUCAAUAUGUAAGGGUGACAUUUGUUUAUGAAAAGGCUGGAGAAGAAAAACAGAAGUCCUUUUGCAUUGAACCUUGGUUUGAGAUAUUUGAUGCAAAUCUUGAUUAUGUUGUUCUGAAACUGAAGACAAAUGGACAACAGGUACCUGUGGGAUUAUAUAAUGAAAUAGCGCAAAGUGAUCCUGAACCACCUAAGGGGUUGGUGUACAUGAUUGGCCAUCCUGACGGAGAGGCAAAAACUACGGAUGCUUGUGCCGUGAUCUCUCAUGGUCGACAAGAAGAGGAUCAGGAACAACCUCCGGCUGGAGAAGCAGAGGGUCGUGGUUAUGGCAUGCGGUAUAUCCAUAUGCACACUCAGAAAAGUUUCCAGAAGAUAGUUCCCAACCCUGAGGGAGUUACCAGUAACACCCCUUUUUAUGUUGGGUCUUCGGGCUCCCCAGUGUUUGAUUCGGAGGUUUCAUUGGUGGCCAUGCUCACUGCUGGCUUUUCUUAUGAGUACCAGAAGGGGACUUCCAGCAUCAUUGAAUUUGGCUCUACCCUGAAAUCUAUCCUCUCUCAUAUUAAACAAAAUCAUGGAAGGUGGUAUGAAACACUAUCUGUAAAUCCAUAGGAAGUAGAAAUUGUGAGUAUUUAGAAUGGAGAAGAGAGAGAAUUCAGUCUAUUUACCAGCUUUAAAGGUAUUGCCCAUGGAAUUAUUAUUCCAUGGGCAAUGAUGAUAGCUUUCUAAAUUCCAAAAUGGUCAAUCUCAUAAAUAAUUAUAAUAAUUAAUAUUAUGGACCACUUCCUAUGUUCCGAGUAUUUUUCUAAGCACAGGAAGAAACUAGUUUUAACAACUCUAUGAGGUGAGUUAGUAUCCCUGUUUUAAUGUCAAGCAAUGUAAAGAAAGAUAAGAUUAAUAAUCAGUUUUAUGACAAUAAGAUUAAUGUAACCAUCGUUGGGUUUUCUUCCUUAUCUCCCCCAAAUUCAGUUACUUAAGCAUGAUCCAAGACCUGUUCAACUCAUUAUCUACAAUGUCUGGUACAUGGAAAGUAAGUGCUUAGAAAAUGUGUGGGUUCAUCAAUAGCAAAACUUAGAGCUAGACUUAAUCUUAACCAAGUAUCUAAAUGCUCAGUUAGAAAUUAUCUCAAAUAGGAGUUCCCGUCGUGGCGCAGUGGUUAACGAAUCCGACUAGGAACCAUGAGGUUGCAGGUUCGAUCCCUG